GCAAUACGUUAUGAAAUGAAUUGUCUUUUUAUUGUAUUUAUAGAUGUUUUUAUAUAAUAUUGAGAUCAUAUUAUUAUCAACAUUAUAUAGUUCAUUAUCUGGCAUACUUGCCAUUCACAGGGUGACGAUGAGUUUCCUUGCCGACUGGAAGCCUUUGGCCCCACUCAUGGAUGAGGAAAUAUAUGGCACAGGAGUAAGUGUCAAAGAAGAGCUCAGUGAAGAUAUUUCCGAGGAUGCUUGUAUUGAAAUUAAAGAAGAACUGUUUGAUUAUGCAGAUAAAGAGAGAGAUGAAGUGAGCAAUGAGAAAGGGAAACAUGACUGUCUUUCCUUCCAUAAACUUGAUGAACUAAGACAUGAAUCAAAUGCAAAGGACACAUGUAACUUGGUUCAGAAUCAUAAUGGCAUGUUGUCAAGAGCACCAUUUGGGGCAGAGAAUUGUCUGAAUAAGAGUUCAUCAUAUGAGGAUCAGGCAAUGCAUAAGGAAAGUCUUAAGCCGGAUACACAACCAAAAGUGAAAGCCACAUUGAAACGUUUUGUAUGUGAGGUAUGUGGCAAGAAAUUCUCUCUUAAGAGAUACAUCAAGAUUCAUAUGAGAGUUCACACAAAGGAGAAGCCAUACAGCUGUGAGAUUUGCAACAAGGCUUUUUCUCAGAAAGCUCAUCUAGUAAAGCACAUGACAGUACAUACAAAGGAGAAGCCAUUUAUCUGUGAUAUUUGCAGCAAGGCCUUUACUCAUAAAGGAAAUCUAGGAAAGCACAUGAGAGUCCAUACAAAGGAGAAACCAUACAGCUGUGAGAUUUGCUUCAAGGCUUUCUCUCAGAAAUAUUUUGUAGUAAACCACAUGAAAGUGCAUACAAAGGAGAAGCCAUUCAGCUGUGAUGUUUGCAGCAAGGCCUUCUCUCAGAAAAGUACUCUAAUAAAGCACAUGAGAUUACAUACAAAGGAAAAGCCAUUCAGCUGUGAGAUUUGCAACAAGGCCUUCGCUGAGAAAGGAACUCUAGUAAAGCACAUGAGAGUCCAUACAAAGGAGAAGCCAUACAGCUGUGAAAUCUGCAACAAGGCUUUCUCUUGGAAAAGUAUUCUAGUAAAGCACAUGAAAGUACAUACUAGUGAGAAGCCAUUCAGCUGUGUGAUUUGCAAUGAGGCCUUCUCUAGGAAAUGUACUCUAGUAAAGCACAUGAGAGUACAUAGCAAGGAAAAGUCACUUAGCUGUGAGAUUUGCAACAAAGCCUUCUCUCACAAAAGUCAUCUAGUAACGCACAUGAGAGUACAUACAAAGGAGAAGCCAUUCAGCUGUGAGAUUUGCAACAAAGCCUUCACUGAGAAAAGUACUCUUGUAAAGCACAUGAGAGUACAUACAAAGGAGAAGCCAUACAGCUGUGAGAUUUGCAGCAAGGACUUCUCUGAGAAAGGUCAUCUAGUAAGGCACAUGAGAGUGCAUACAAAGGAAAAGCCAUUCAGCUGUGAGAUUUGCAAUAUGGCUUUUUCUGAGAGAGGUACUCAAGUAAGGCACAUGAAAGUGCAUACAAAGGAGAAGCCAUUCAGUUGUGCAAUUUGCAACAGGGAAUUCUCUGAGAAAGAUCAACUAGGAAGGCACAUGAGAGUACAUACAAAAGAGAAACCAUUCAGCUGUGAGAUUUGCAACAAGGCUUUCUCACUCAAAAAUAGUCUAGUUAGGCAUAUGAGAGUACAUACAAAGGGAAAAGGGACAACUGUGUGAUUUUCAGUGAAGCCUUCUUGGAAAAAAACUAAAGCAACACAUAAUGAGUUCAUGUAAAGGAAUAUUUAUAGAGCUUCCAUCAAAACUUGAUAUGGCAAGACAGAAAAGUAUAUACAAAGGAGAAAUUCUACAGCUAGGAGAUUUAAAAAAGAAAAGAAAAGAAAGGAAUAGUCCCAUAUUGGAAUUUCUGAGAGUACAAACAAAAGAGAAGCCAUGUAGAGGUGACAUUUACGGUAAAGCCUUCAAAUUCAAAAGAAA